AUGUCUUAUAAUGAUUCAGAAGCUACAUUAGUUCAAGGCCACAACUCACUAUCAAGAAACCUCCACAACAACUUCCAAGACUUAAAAUUAAAAAACCUAAUUUGACCUCCAAACUUACCAGUCUUCAAUACUUAUAACCAAGAAGCCUUUGUCGAAAAUCCCAACAAAACAGCACGGUACUAUAGCUACAGGGGGAAGAUGAUAGAUUUUAGCUCGAAUACAUUUGAAAAGGAGUUUGUAAGGAAAGGGACUGAUGUUUCUUUGCCUAAGGAUAGAAAGUCAAAAAUGGCUAAUAUCAUCAACCUCAACUUGAGCACUGAAAGGGUUAAAAGAGAGAGGGGCCAACGUCUAGAAAAAUAAAUCUAAAAUUCAUCAAGCAUUGAACAAAAACAGAAAUAUUAUUAAAGCAAAGACCAGAAAUAACCUUACCUUUGGGAUGCUCAACAACUACCAAAAGUCAGCUGAUGGACUCUACAGAAGCAAAUGGGUUUUAAAGAACAGAAACAAAUUCAAGAACAUUCAGAAAGUCUCCCGCCGCACUAACAAUUUUUCUAUUAUCACAAUGAUUCCUAAAAGGGACAGAAGUGGUGCUCGAAAUGAUACUCUUGGCACCUCUGCUUUUGGAACUGACCAGAUCAAAACUUCUUUUAAAAGUAGAAAUGCUCUAGCGAAAAGAUCAGGAGGGAAAUAUACCAAACGAGUUCUUGAGAUACAGUCAAAAUGCCUCGAACACAUUCCAUCACCUUUGCAAAAAUACAAUAUUUCUGAACCGAUCUUGAAUACUAAAAAUGACAAAAAGAAGCCAAAGUUGUCCCUCAUCGGCGGACUUUAUGAGCCUUUAUAUCAAGAAGCAGAUGGAUCUCAGCAGAUUAGAAUAAAGAUCAAGAAGAAGAACCUGUUCAAGUUGCCGAAUUUCAGAGAUGGCCUUAACAUUUCACUUGGCCAAAAGUUUUAA